UCGGUUUGGUGUUAUCGCUGUCGACGGCAAACAGUCACACUUAUUCACACUUAUUCGGAAUCCGAAAUAAAUUCUCUUCUGGAUUUUAGUGCAAUUAAAAGGCGUAGUUGUGAAAAGAAAGUUUGCAGCAAAGAAAGUGCAGUUUCCUCCGCUGAACGCUGACCGCUCAACGCUCAUUGCUUGACGCUUGACGAAGAUCACCGGCCCCCUUCUCUCGUCCAAAUGGUCACCAUGGAGAACAGUGACGAGAUCCUGCAGAUCCUAGAGCGCUUCACUCGUCUGAAGCAGAAAGAGAUACCUAAGGAGCUGGAAGACUAUCUGCAGUAUGUCGCCAAGACGGGCGAAACCAUCUUCAAGUGGUCCAGCAUCAAGUAUCUGUUCCGUGAGAAGUUGCUCAGCGUGAUUAAGCACUUUAACGAGGACUCGCCGCGCCUGGAGGAGAUUCCCAACUACCCGAACGUGGAUCCCUUCAACUACGAGACGAUGAAGUCCUCGUUGCUGGAACGGUUAGACCUUUUCACUGGCCCCUUCACCGUGCAGCGGCUUUGCGAGCUACUCAUUGAUCCGCGCAAGCAAUACUCCCGGAUCGACAAGUUUAUGCGAGCCCUGGAGAAGAAUAUUCUAGUCGUUAGCACCAUUGAUCCGGGACGCAAGCGCACCGAGAGCGAGAACGGUGAUUCCCUUGAUUCAGUUGUGAACGGCGACCUGUCCCUUGAGGUUAACAUUGAUAUAGAAAUGGAGAAUGAAGCUCUAAUUAACAACGGGAACGCCGAGGAGGGCUCUGGUUCAAGUUCAGGCACCAGUUCGGGAGGCGGUGCCGUCAAGGCUAGCUGUCCGCGGUCAGACGACAAUGAUCUGCCCAAGGCAAAGAAGGCCAAACUGGAAAUCGAGGGCGAUGAUCUUCCGGAGGCCGAUCAAGAGGCCGAUUCCGAAGUGGCUUCAAAGACCAAGAAGGACGAAGUUAAGAUUGACAGCGACGAGACUGAUGCCCCACAGGAGGCGGCCGAGAUUGAGGAGCCCGACGAGGAGUUGGAAGAGGCGGAUGAGUCAAAGACAGCAAAGCAAGCUCUCAAUGGCAGCAAGCAGAAGGAGACGGAGGGAAGUGAUACUCCCACUUCUGAAACUGCCCAGGACUCACCGAUUGCCAAAUCUCCCGAGGCUGUAAGCGAGCCACUUACCGCUGCCAAGGAAAAAGCGGAGGAGGUAAGUGAAAAGGAGGCGGCCGGAGAACCGCAGGAGAAGAUUAUCGAAAAGCAGGAGACCGAAAAGGCCGAAAAGACAGACAAGCCAGUGGAACAAUCAAUCGAAAAGCCUGCUGACGAGGAGGCUCCAGCAGCCAAGGAAAGCCAAGAGAAGGAUACCAAGGUGCACGAGGAAAAUGAGAACGAAAAAGCAGAUGCCGAGGCUAAGCCUGCAUCAGCAGAUAAGGCCGCUGACGAGAAAGCUGCUUCAGCUGAAUCGAAACCGGAGACCAAGGCCGAGGACAAGCAAGAGCCCGAGGAAAGGAGAGCCAAAGACGAAAAGACUGAAACUGCGUCUGCUAAGAAGCCGUCGCCGCUGCCAGAGGAGAAGCAAGGAAAAGGAAAGGCUGACGAGCCAACCGAUAAACCCGAGAGGAAAGAGGACGAAAAGACUGCCAAGGCUGCUGGAUCAGGCAAGGAACCAGUAGUGGAGCCAGAGGGAGAGGACUCUUCACCGGUUGCCGAAGAAUUGGCCGCCGCCACCACACCGCAAUCUCCGGUUAGCGCCGCUGCCGAGUCCGCCGAGACGCCGCCGGCUGAGGCAGUCGAUGAUGCAGAUGCGGAUGAGGACUCUCCCGUUGCCGCCGUAACUCCACCGGCCCUGGCCCUUAACGAUCAACCCAUGGAGGAUACACCGGCCGAGGAGGAGCCUCGUGUUUCGCCCUCGGCCGCCGUUGAGGAAGUGGUAAUGGCCGAGAGCGGUCCGCCGCCAGCCGCCGAAAUGGCCACUGAUGAGGCCGACAAGGAGGUCGCCAUGGAGGUUGACGACACUAGCCAGGAGGUGAUGAUCCAAUAAGCAUAGCCCACUGCAUGCAUCCGUGCGCCGCAUACAACUACAUUCAAAUACUACUCCAUAUAACUAGAAACGUAAGACAAGCGCCCCAUCCCGCGAGUACCCUAGACGAUGUACUCCCUCCUUCGCUACACUACUGAUCACACCUCCGGGAAGGAGGCCCCUUCAUAGCCGUAAGAUGUCGGUCAGGCCGCUAAAGCACUGGACGACUCUGUUAAAAGUUCCAUGUUCCAUCAUACACCAUUUGUAUUUAUGUAUUUUAAAUGAAUUCUAUACGACGUGGAUGGGUGCUGAAACGAACGGAGCAGCAACGAAAACCGCCAAAACAUCGAAAUAUCAGAAGGCGAAUCAAAUAUGUGUGCCCAUCCAGGCUAUAGACAAAACCCCCUUUUCCCUACCCGACGAAGGACAAGUCCGCGCAUCACCACCACUGUCCCGCUCCUCCUUCCGUUUUUUUUUUUAUUAACUAUCCUAAUAGUAGACGCUGCCCAUGGCGCAAGCUCGAGAAGCUGUGAGCGAUCGAACACACACACAAUAAACACUAUCUAUACAAUAGACCA